AUGGCUUCUUCAUCUCAGCUCAUCAAGACUUAUGAUGUCUUUGUGAGCUUCCGUGGUGAAGACACGCGCAACAGCUUUACUGGUUUUCUCUUUCAAGCUCUCUGCAGAAAAGGCAUCCAUGCCUUCAAAGAUGAUGAUAAUCUCAAGAAAGGCGAAUCCAUAGCCCCUGAGUUGCUACAAGCCAUUCAAGGGUCUCGCCUUUUCCUCACUCUCUUCUCACAAAACUAUGCUUCCUCUACUUGGUGCUUGCGUGAACUAGCAGAGAUCUGUAACUGCGUUGAAACGUCGCCAAGGCGUGUUAUACCUAUAUUUUAUGACGUUGAUCCUUCAACAACUUUGCUUCCAAUUGCAAUGGCUUCUUCAUCUCAGCUCAUCAAGACUUAUGAUGUCUUUGUGAGCUUCCGUGGUGAAGACACACGCAAUAACUUUAUUGGUUUUCUCUUUCAAGCUCUUCGAACAAAAGGUAUCGAUGUCUUCAGAGAUCAUGAAGAUCUGAAGAAAGGCGAAUCCAUAGCACCAGAGCUCUUACAAGCCAUUCAAGGGUCUCGCAUUUUCAUUGCGGUCUUCUCAAAGAACUAUGCUUUCUCUACUUGGUGCUUGCGUAAACUAGCAGAGAUCUGUAACUGCGUUGAAACAUCGCCAAGAUCUGUUCUGCCUAUAUUUUACGAUGUUGAUCCUUCAGAGGUGCGAAAACAGAGUGGCUUUUAUGAGAGAGCAUUUGCAGAACACGAAGAAAGAUUCAAAGAAGAUAAAGAGAAGGUGGAGGAAGUGCAGAGAUGGAGAAAAGCGCUCACACAUGUGGCCAAUCUCUCUGGUUGGGAUAUUCGAAACAAGCAACAAUAUGCCGAAAUUGAACAAAUUGUUCAAACCAUACUAAACAUAUCGGGUCCCAACUUAAGUCUUCGGAACGAUGAUCUAGUUGGUAUAGAGUCUCGGGUUGAAAAAUUAGCAAAUCUUCUAUGUUUGGGAUCAGUGAAUGAGGUUCGAGUUGUUGGUGUUGCAGUUGGAAUCAGUGGGAUGGGUGGCAUAGGAAAACCAACUCUUGCUCAGGCUUUAUAUGAAAGAAUCUCUCAUCAUUAUAAUAUUCAUUGUUUUAUUGAUGAUGUAAGCAAAAUUUAUCGAGAUACAAGUUCAUUAGGUUUACAGAAGCAGUUACUUUCACAGUCUCUAAAGGAGAAAAAUCUAGAGAUUUGCAAUGCUUUGGAGGGAACAUAUUUGGUGCGGACUAGGCUACAUAAUGCAAAGGCACUUGUUGUUCCUGACAAUGUUGAUGAUGUUGAACAACUGAGAAUGUUUAGAGGAAAUAGGAACACUUUGUUGCGUGAAUGCUUAGGUGAAGUUCUGUCACAUGCUCAAGGCCAUCCUUUGGCAAUUGAAGUAAUUGGGUCAUCUUUGUUUGGUCGAAAUGUAUCACAAUGGAAAGGUGCAUUGGGUAGGCUAAAAGAGAAUAAAAGUAGAAAUAUUAUGGAUGUUUUGCGUAUAAGUUAUGACCAGCUGGAUGAAAUUGACAAAGAAAUAUUUUUGGAUAUUGCCUGCUUCUUGAACUCCCAAGAUGAAAAAUAUGUGAAGGAAAUUCUAAAUUUUCGUGGAUUUCAUCCUGAAUAUGGCCUAGAAGUUCUCAUUGACAAAUCACUCAUAAAAAUUGAAUAUGGGAGGAUAAGUAUGCAUGGCUUGUUAGUGGAUUUAGGCAGAGGUAUUGUUCGAGAAAAAUCGCCAAAGGAGCCUAUGAAGUGGAGUAGAUUGUGGGACUACCAAGAUCUUCAGAAAGCUAUGUUAGACGACCAGGCAACUGCAAAUCUGGAAGCCAUUGUUGUUCGAUUAUAUAUUGAUGAGACAACAACGAUGAUGAGGGCAGAUGGUCUAUAA